AUGAAUACUGUGCAAACCUGUGAUGAAUCCGAGCUUGUUGAAAGGAUAAGUAGACGCCAAUUUCAAGAAGGCACUCCAUUAAUUGACGUGCUGAUAUCAGAGGGCGUGGUAGAGGUGUUUACACUACACGACCACAAGGCUGGUAAAGAGCUGCAUCGUGCGGCGAUGCGUUCGGUGAAUAUGCCGAUACAAGGACUGUUCGAAUACUUUGGGGCUGAGCUUGGAAUGUAUUAUGCCUGGGUUGAUUGCUACUGCCGCAUGCUGGUCAUCCCGUCAGUGCUUGCGAUUGUGCUCCUAGUUAUAGGCACGGGCCCUUGGGGACGCGGGAUGGUCUCACAUGAUCUGGAGGAUACCCUCUCGGCCAUAUAUGCGUUCGUUAUGAUCAUCUGGGCGUCCAUAUUCGUCAAGGUGUGGGAGAGAGAGGCCUCCAAUAACUCACUCAACUGGACAGACGACACCACAAGCGAUGCUAUCACCGACCAAGCCUCGGCAAAUAGAGGCGAUGGGCGUGUGCGCCCAGGCUACACAGGCAAGCUGCGCAAAGACCCUGUGACCGGCAGGACAGAAGUGCACUUCACGGCCAAGGAUCGCAGGCUACGCACGCUUGUGAUUGCGCCGGUGAUGGUUGCGAUGAUUGGGGCAGCCUUUGCGGUCAUGGUGUUUGGCCUGAACAUCACGGGGUAUGUGGACGAGGACUCGCCCAUCUACUACUCUAUUCUCAAUGCGCGCAACCCGGGCACCCCAGGCAUGAACUAUCCGGACGACAAUGUUAUAGUGGGAUUGAUUCCGACCAUUGUGCACUCUGUGGCCAUCCUUCUGUUGAACUUGUGGUUCGCCAAGAUUGCCGAGAAGAUGUGUGAGUACCAGAACUGGCGCACCCAGGAGGAGUUUGAGGCCUCUUUGAUACUGAAGCGUGUGCCGUUUGAGAUGUUGGCCAGUUACCUGUCGCUAUUCUACCUGGCGUUCUACGAGGGUGACCUGAGUAAGCUUAAGCUAGAGCUGCAGGCCCUGUUCAUGGUAGACACCGUGAGACGCAUGGUCAUGGAGUUUGUACUGCCAUGGCUGCUUCAGUUCAGAGCGCUUAAGGAGCAGCUCAAAGCAACCGAUAUGAAGAAGUCAAAGUCAGUAGACGAGAGUGAGCUCGAGAAAAAAGUGAAGAAGGCUUUCAUCAAAGAUGAACGGGUGGAUUUCGAUGACUACAUUGAGUUGACGGUGCAGUUUGGGUACAUAGUUUUGUUUGCGGGUGCCUUCCCCAUUGCUGGGUUCCUGGCCCUGGCAGGCAACGUCUUAGAAAUGCGCACAGAUCUAUCCAAACACUUGCACGUGUGUCGUCGGUCAGCGUCGCGUCACGCCAAUAACAUUGGUCCGUGGCUGCCUGUGCUGAAAGUCAUAUCCGACCUGUCGGUCUUAACCAAUGCGGUGAUAUUCGCAUACACUUCGCGGCAACUGGACUCGUUCAUGACCGAUGACACAGACUUCGCAUCCAAUGCAAACAAUACAGCGAUGCGCAUGAUGGCUAUCUUGCUUACCGAGCAUAUACUGUUUGUGAUCAAGAAGGUUGUGGAGACGGAAAUCAGUUCUAUACACAAGACUGUGUUCACCACAUAUCAGAGGCGGGACUACUUGCGCAUACUGGGGUUGAACUUAUUUCAAGCCGAGCAACAGAAGAAACACGAGUGAAUGGAACGAGAUUGAUCACCUUUUACUGCAAAACUAAUACUGAGUGAGUAACACACGUAGCUAUAUGGUUUCAGGCUUCAAGGCAGACAAUCUUUGUGUCCAUAGACUAAAUAAAGGAAAUAUCCAAGCUGGCCAUCGAAAAGAAACCAUCGAAACGAAAAGUAAGAGUAUUCAUUAUGAACACACUACUCCGCUGAGAAAUAGAACAGUUAUGCAAGGUCUACUAGGAAUGUUUCUUGGUAAAAUGGUG